AUGCGCCCGAAAGAGCCCGGGCAAGGCCUCGUGGGGCAGCGCUUCAGAACCCGGGCUCCAGCGGGAGUCACCCCCGCACCCCCACCCGCAGCCCAUUCCGCUCCAGAGCCCUCAGCGCAGCCUGCACCCGCCCCUGCGCAGGCACUGACUGAAGGACCGCGAACGGGAUCCAGAUCCCCAUCCGUCUCGGGACCCGCCCCCGCCGGAGCUCGCCCGACCUCCAAGGCUGGAUCCCCGACAAGAACACCGCGCGCGUCCGCAUUCGCCGCCGCCCAGCGGAAUGCCCAGUUUGGGCCCGGCAACUCGGACGCGCAGUGGACUCGCUUCAUAUUCCGAGGGCCCUUUGGUCCCCGGGCCACUGGCCUGGGGACUGAGAAGGCGGCGGGCAUCUGGAAGACGCCGGCCGCCUACAUCGGACGGCGGCCUGGGGUGUCGGGCCCCGAGCACGCCGCCUUUAUUCGGGAGCUGGAGGAAGCGCUGUGCCCCGACCAACCCCCACCAGCCGAGAUCACCCAAGAAGAUGUCAAAGUGAUGUUAAAUUUGCUAGAGAAGCUGGGUACUGCUUUCCCUUAUUCCCCGUGGAUGGGGGUCCCUCUGCAGAGAGAGCAGGACCUAAAUACUGUGGCUCGCAUUGGCCAGUCCCUGGUGAGACAGAACAGUGUUCUGAUGGGGGAGCACAGCAAACUGGAAGCCAUGCUGGGCUCAGCCAGGGAGGACAUUUUACACCUCAGAUACCAGGUGAGCUUGAGAGAUGACCUCCUUCAGCUCUACUCAGACUCUGAGGAGGAGGAGGAGGAAGAAGAGGAGGAGGAGCCGGAGGAGGAAGAGCAGCAGUAUUAUCAUUCCUAUGGAGCCCCUGAGCCGGCUGCUGGGACUAAUGGAGACCGCCACACCGAGCCCAGGUGGGCAUCCUCCGGGUGGGCUGGGACCUGGGUCCCCUAUCCCCUGGCUUCUGUGGCUCUCACUCCUAGGACUUGUCUGUGGGAGACGGAGGUCCUGCACAACUGCCCGCAGCUGGAAGCCCUGCAGGAGCAGCUGAGGCUGCUGGAGGAGGAGAACGAGCAGCUGAGGAGGAGUGCCUCUCCACCCCCUGUCUGGGCCUUGUUUGCCAUUCUGUGCCUGGCGGAGCCCCGCUUGCCCCGCAGAGGCAGACCUCGAGCUGAGGGGCGGGGUGGACAGAGGCAGUGGGAGGGCCAGACUGGUCCCCAGAGGCCAAGGGGGUCGGAGCCGACUUUCUGUCCCUGCUUGUCGCCAGCUGAGGCCAGCCAGCAGAUGGCUGAGCUGUCAGAGGUGCUGGCGCUCAGGAGGGAGGCCCAGGACCAGUAGCAGAGGGAGGUCACCCAGCUGCGGGCCCAGGUCCUGAAGCUGCAACAACGCUGCCAGUUGCUGCAGGACCUAUGGGAGAAGUACACGGAGCGUGGGGGCAUGCCGACCCAGGCUCAGGAGGAGGUGAAGACCCUCCGCCAGCAAGCGCCGGGGUCCACUGACCCUGUCACCCGCCUCACACACGCCGUACCUCUGGAGGCCCUUCCUGGUUUUCAGGAGGCCCUGGCUGAGGAGCUCAGAAGGUCCAUGAGGAUUAUCUCCGGCCCUGUGUUUUUUAUGGAAAGGAGCAGGUGGAAGGGGGGCGCUGGGGGCUCUGCCUGGGGUUGGCCUUCAGGGGCACAGAAAGACUUUCCUGUCUCCCUGCCCAGAUACAGGCUGUGCUGCAGUGAGGUGCGAGAGCAAGACUGGGGCUUAGAGGCUGAGAAGGGGUUACUGACAGCAGAGGAUUUUGUGGCGGAAGAUUUUGUGCCUGUGGAGGAAUUGGUGCCUGAGGAGGAACUGGUGGCCACAGAAGAGGUGGCGUCAGCUGAGGAGGGGGCAACAGAAGAGGUAGAGCUGGUGUCUGAAGGGGCCGAGGCCUGGGAGGAGGUGGACCCAGAGCUGGAUGAGGCAACGCAGGGGAACGUAGUGACCUCGGUGCUGGAGGCUAGCGGCUUGGGCCCCUCUCGCCUAAACAUGAAGCGUGUCUUCCAGCAACUGGCUAACUGGCUGGAUGCGCAUUAUAGUCGGCAGCUGAGGCCGAAGAUGCUCCAGAAAGGUGAGUGCUCCCACAGGGGCCUCCCUCCGGCCAGCCAGACCAGCUACAGAUCAUCAAUGAAAGGUGAGGGUAGGUGAGCCCCCCAAAUGCUCACUUACCCCAGCUUGGCCUCACCCAGUGUGAUGAUUUGCAUGGAAUUUGCAUAUCAUUUGGAUAGGCACCUCCAGGUUCCUUCAGUGGGAACUAUGGCCCCAGGGCUCAUUUAUGUGGAAUUUGCUUAGGAUUCCAGAUCUCUACCCCUUUUUCUCCUGGGGGUCUGGGCUGAAAGUCAUGACCAGGACUGCAGCCCCCUACUGUGCCUCUGCUUCCCGUCUCUGCUGUCCCCUUCUCCCUGUCUCCCACUCUGCCACCCGAUCCCCGAGGCUUCCCAGCCCUGCAGUAGUGACAGCAACAGGUACAGGGAGCGGAUCA